UUUCUUAUAAAAAAGAAGAAGAAAAUUCACUGAAAAUUUGUGUUUAUGAAACUUAUUGCUAACUAUAGUUUUAAUUUAUUAUUAUCUGGAUAAUGGCUACACAGACAGUAGUUGUAGAAGAAAAAAAUGAUGCGAUUGAUAGGCAAAAAGUAUGUCCAUUUUUACUAAGAGUGUUUGUUUCCUCGAAUGGUUCACAUCAUAAACCUUCAGAUUAUAGUAAGGGAAAUACUCCUCAAAAUGAACUUCAAAUUUAUACUUGGAAAGAUGCAACUUUACAUGAACUUACUCAAUUAGUGAAAGAAGUGAAUCCGGAAGCUAGAAGGAAGGGUACCAAAUUCAGCUUCGCUUUUGUAUAUCCAGACUUGAGACAACCUGUAUAUAGAAUUCGAGAAAUCGGAAAUACAAUGACGGGAGUAAAAGGACCUGACGAUUUGAAAACUUUAGGUUUACUAAGGUUGAACAUUGGGGAUUACCUAGAUAUAGCUAUAACAGCUCCAGAUACUUGGAAUUCGGGAAGAAAAGGAUACUCGAAUAAUUAUAAUAAUAGGUCAAGGCCAUAUUAAUUGUGAAAUAUGUUUCUUUUGUCAACUUUCCACUUGAUAAUUAUAAGUUUUUCUUGAGUGAUUAUAAUACAUUUUUUUUGUAUUGAUUUAUAGUGUUUAUAUAAAAAUCCUGUAUUUAUUUGAAAAUAUCGAAAAAAAGAAU